CACUCCAGCCUGGGUGACAGAGCAAGACUCCGUCCAAAAAUUUAAAAAAAGAUACAGUAUGAGGCUUCUAUAUCACCAUAACUUGGGUUUAAAAUCUUUUUCUUCAUUUUAUCCUGAAGGUGACAAAAUCUCCCCAAGAGAGGGUAGCAUGUCCAUUAAGGUAGUCUGAACAAAAGGUGAUUGUGUAGGUUACUAUAAACUGACUUUAGUUUUAUUCAAUUAUUAUCCUUAAAAUGCAACAUACAAAUAAAUCAUUUUGUUUUCAUGAAAUAAUAUAAAAUUUCAGGUAAUUCUUACAUACACUAGUGAAUAAUUUCAACUUUCUUUCUUGGCAAUAAGGACAAACAAUUGAUUUUAGGGGCCAAAAAGUAGUUGUUAAACUAAUAUAAAUCAUGCUUUCAUUUGUAGUGAAGGCAAAAGGCUUUGACGCUCCCACUAAUUAAAAAUAUGUAAAAUAUGAGAAGAAAUUACCAAACCAAUUGAUUUAUAUCUAGUAUUUUAAAUAUAUGUAUAUAAAAUAGGUAAGGAUGAAAGCAUAUAAAGUCCCCUUAAUGUAUAGACAAGUGCAAUUCUUGAUAACGGUCUAUUUAUGAAUUUUAUGGUUUUCACGAAUUUAUAUUGUCAACCUAAAUAGAAAACACAGAAGGAGAUUCUGCAAAAGGAAAUUAUGUUUAUUCAGAAAUAGGUAUUUCAGUGAGAACAUAUGUGCUAUAGUUAACUAUGCGAGUAUUCAGGAAAGUAAAGGAAGACAGAGGUUUUUAAAGGAAAAAUGAGGAUUGUGUCACUGUUUUUAGAUAAUUAUUCUGGCUACAAGGAUCAGUAACAACAAGGGUGGUGCCAGUCCAAGGUUGGACAGGCAGUUGCUGGGCAGAUGUUCUGACAGAGGUGUAAGAUUGUAAGAUUGUGAUGGCGUUUGUGCAAGAUUGUGGUUUUUGUGGACACUUUUGUGAUACUUCCUUUGGGACAUGUAUGCACAAGAAUUCUCCCUUUACGGCUUUCUUUACCUCUAUUCGUCAGAGAUUUUUAACACAAGUGACUGCAUUUUGAUUUUGACAAUUUUCACAAUGUUUAUGUCAUAACUAAAAAUUACAAUAACUGGCUCCAAAAUUAGCUGUUUCACACAAAGGUCUCAACUGAUAAAUAGGACAAUCAUAAGGAAUAUUUUAAAAGGUGAUUGUUUAUUAACCUCUGUUAAAAAUAGGUCCAAGAAUUUUGCACUCAGAACCAAGGAUGGAGAGAAAGAAGUCCAGAUUUAUUCAGCAGAAAGCUCAUAUUCCUAACCGAGGAUGAAGAGGCUAGGAUUAUACCGGGUAGGAAGCUCACAUCCAUACAGAAAGAUGAAGGAGGCCUACGUUACACAGCUUGACACUUAUAUAUCCAUAUCCAAGGAAGAAGGAAACCAGGAUUCAUACAGCCAGGAAAGUCAUAUCCAUCUCCAUAUAGAUAAGGAUUCCAGGGUCUUUACAUAUCCAGGAUAUGCAUAUCUACACCUCAGAAACAAAGAAAUUAGCCACUAAUUCAUUACUAGUGGGAACGUAAAAUGGUACAGUCGCUCUGGAGAACAGUCUGGGCAUUUCCUAACGCCCUAAAUAAAUACAUAACUAUUAUACCACCCAGCAGUUGCAGUGCUGGGUUUAUCCUGGAGAAAUGAAAACCUAGGUUUGUAGAAAAACCUGCCCAGGAAUGCGCGUAACAAUGUAACGUGUAAUAGCUCAAGUAGAAACCCUACAGUCCUUUCAACAGGUAACUGGUUAAACUGACUAUGGUACAUCCAUCCAUACCAUUGAAUAGCACUCAGCAAUAAAAAGGGAACAAAGUAUUGACACCUUGGUACCACUGGAAACUCACUUCCUAGUACAGAAAACAGGUGGUCAGGGUUUACAAAGUAAACACACUGAACGAAUUUGCAGAGAACAAUGCUUCAGGGGAAAAAAGCCAGUCCCCCAAGCUUACAUAUUAUGUCAUUCCAUUUAAAUAGAAUUCUUGAAAUGGCAAAAUUCUGUAAGUGUAGAACAGCUUAGUGGUUGCCAGGCAUCAGGGCAAUGGAGGGGGAGGAAGGUGGUUGGCACUGGAAGGACAAUGGGAGGCAUCUUUUUGCAGAGGAAAGAGUCUGUAUGUUGAGUGCGCCGAGGUACUACAACUCUCCAAGACGCCACCGGUGGGGGAAAUGGGUAAAGCGUACACGGCGAUCUCUGUAUUAUUUGUUAUAAGUGCAUGUGAAUCCUCCAUGAGCUGGUAAGAAAUAUUUUAACUAAAAUAGAGUUGAGCCCUCCAGUACAGGUUGCCCUGAGUAUUCUGCCAACAGACUGACCUAGCAGGUCAGUCCCCAGUUCGGGCUCUACCCCUAGGAAUGGCAUCCCUCCUCCAGAGGAGGCAUUUCCCAAAUGCCCCAGGAUAGGAGUUGGCACAGAAGGAGAGCCAAGCCGUCGAUGAAGACAUUCUCCACCGGACACAGGAACGCCGAGAGCCAACACUAAGAAGCGGCCUCCACACUGGACGGCGGCCUCCACUGGCGAGCCGCUGCUGGUAAAACAAAGAGAAGGCCGUGGGCAGGCGGCACUGGGAGCAAACCAAGCGCAGUCCGCGGCGGUGCUACUUGAAAGUCAGCACAGAUCCACCCAAAUGGAGCGCUCGCCGCCCCACGGCUAGCGGGGCGCUCCCGCGGGGGUUCUGCGCCUCCCCUCCACCAGGUGGAGCCAGUACUCGCAAGGGAGCCUCCGCGGUUCAGAGGUCACACCCCGGCUGAAGUAAACUGCGCUCAGGCGGCCUUCAGGGGCGCGACCCCAGCGUCUUUCCUCGUCCCACGCCCCGGCGCCGAGCAGAGACGACCUUAGCGGUCCUGCACCUAGCGGUCCUGCAGGUCCCUGAAUCCUCUUCGGAUCUGCGCUGAAGAAAGGCGGGAGCUCAGCCGCGCGCCCUGCCUCCGCCGCCAUGGCCCAGCUGCGAGCCUGCGAAGUCCGGCAGCUGCUGCACAACAAGUUCGUGGUGGUCAUGGGGGACUCGGUCCAGCUGGCCGUGUACAAGGACCUGGUGCUCCUGCUGCAGAAGGACUGCCUGCUGUCCUCCAGUCAGCUGAAGGCCAAGGGCGAGCUGAGCUUCGAGCGCGACAUGCUGCUGGUGGGCUGCAGCAGCGGCCGCAUGCACUAUGGCAGCCACUACCGCGAGGUGCGCCAGUUCCGCUCGGGCCACCACCUGGUGCGCUUCUACUUCCUCACGCGCGUGUACUCGCACUACGCGGAGCGCGUCGUGGAGGAGCUGCGUAGGUCCGAGCCCGCCCCGGACGUGGUGGUCAUGAACUCCUGCCUCUGGGACCUGGCCAGGGAUGGCCGGGGCUUCCCCAGGAGCUACCGGCGUGACGUGGAGAGCCUGUUCGCGCGGCUGGACUGGGCGCUGCCCACGUCCUGCCUCCUGCUCUGGAAUACAGCCAUGCCCGUGGCUGACACCAUCUCGGGGAGCUGCCUCCCAUGCGCGCGCCACCUCCGCUGCGCCCACCUGCGCGAAGACGUGAUGGAGGCCAACUUCUAUAGCUCCGCCGAGGCGGAGAGGCGCGGCUUCGACGUGCUGGACCUGCAUUUCCACUUCCGCCACGCCGCGCAGCACCGGCUCCCCGACGGCGUGCACUGGGACGAGCGCGCGCACCGCCACCUCUCCCAGCUGCUGCUGGCCCACCUGGCAGACGCUUGGGGCGUGGACCUGCCCCGCCGCGAAGCCGUGGACGGGUGGGUCAGGCAUGGCCACGCCAACAGACGUGCAGCCCUGGCGGGCCGAAGGCGGCCCCGAGACGACCGAGCGGACCCACACGGCCGAGGGGACCGAGCGGGCAGAGGAGACCUCCGCGCCCCUCGACCGCUCACUUCGUUCUUUCCCUGGGCUCGACUGCCUUUCCCUCCCCGCCGCCAGGUCGCCUAUCCGCCCUCCGACCGGCAUUACUCCAGCGACUCCUCCACGCGCCACAUCCGACACAGCAGCGAAGAAAACGCCAGGGUUGGCCGCGAGUCGCGGCCGGGCCCCAUCCGCACAAGCUCUGCCCUACACCGAGAGAGGGGGCAUUCCCCUUACCGUCCGUGGCGCCCCAGCGAGCCACGCCUAAGCCAGCGAAGCCGCACACGCACACACAGAGGGGUCCCGAGAACGCCCAGGCCUUAGUAGCCAGACCUGGGAGAACGUCCUGUCUUCCCCAGCAUGGUCAGUGGGCUGCCUGACCACUAUCACACGGGCGUGGCCUUCAGCAACUCUUCCGAGGUGGGGGUAUUUUUUACGCUUCCUACUCUAAUGAGUGAACAGCUUGCCACAUCAUUCCUCUUUGCCAGAGCUUUCAUGCCACUUCUUGGGAAGGGAGCAGGGACCCAGACCACCAGGCCGUUCUCCUCUAAGCAUUUAGGGAGAAAUGAAGUCUACAUAAAAGGGCUCCUCGCCUUAAAAAACAAAAACAAAAAAAAAAGAAAAAAAGUUAAGCUAUCCCCGAAUGUAAGUCUUCAGGCAGUAUUUCCCAUUGACAUUCUUCCAAAAAAAAAAAAAAAGGUAAAAAUUUUGAUGCUUAGAACUUAAACAUUUCAAUUAAGAUAUCCAUUUCACCGUUCGUUUUUGCGUAUAUUCAUAGAACCUAGUAUCUAAAGCUUUCACCUAAGUUGUCUUACAGAUUCUUUACAUUUCUCUGUGUUUCAACAUAGCAUUUGUCCUAAAAAAUAUUCCAUUCACUAAUGCAAGGUUGUUUAUUUUCUGUUAGAAACAUGAUCUUUAAAGUUCAUCGAAUGCCUAGCAAAUUUUUAAAAAUAGACUUUUUAUUUAUUUUUUUUUUUUAGAUAGGGUCUCA